UCUUGGGGGAAAACAAAUGGCGUCAUGGGAGGAAUAUAAACAACUCACAUAUUCCUUUUAUUUAUCAACAACAACCCAUGAUAUAAAACAGAGAGCCUUAACGAUGUUGGUUAAAAGGUAAUUGAUAGUUGUUGGUGUCCUCAGUGGCGUAGAGAGCUGGUGAUCACAUGGUAUUUGACAUAUAAAAUGAGAUACAGUACCAUCAACAUACAUAGUGAUAUAGAAGAAGAUGGCCACAACAUUGGGUAGAAGUAUACAGUACAGUACAGUACUGUUUUGCAUAUGAAAAUUUUUAAGGAAACCCUGUGAAUAUUUAUAAACAUACAAGUUCAGUGAAUGAAGACUUUCUCCUGAAUUUAAAGUCAAUUUAUUUAAGUUAACCAGUUAUUAUUUAUUGCCACAUGCAACAGUAACAUUAAGUACAGUUACAAUACCCUCCAUCAGCACCAUGUGUAGUGUCUACCUCGUGUUCAUCAUUGAUAUUAAAUAAUCUUGUCUCUCCAUUUCACUUCUAAUAGAUUAGUGUGAAUAGUAAAUAAUUUCCUGUGUCUCUUAAGAACAGUUGGAGAGGAUCAUCUUGUUCCACAUCACAUACGCCUCUGCACACAGAAUGGAAGGUGACUCUGAGGAGCAGUCUCUUCAUUGUUCAGUCUGUCCUAAAAAGUUUUCUGAAAAAUCUGAUCUAGAAAAACAUAUUAAAAUUCAUACAGGAGAAAAACAGUCACAGUGUUUAGAAUGUGUUAAAGGCUUCGAACACCAUUAUCAACUUGUAGCACAUAUGAAGGUCCAUACAGGAGAGAAACCGUAUCAUUGUUCGGAAUGUCCUAAAAAAUUUACACAAAAUUCCUCGCUAGUAUUACACAUGAGAUCUCAUGCACCAAAGAAAUUAUUUCAGUGCUCAGAAUGUCUUAAAAACUUUACACGAAAAACAUCUUUAACAUUACACAUGAGAAUUCAUACAGGAGAAACACCAUUUCAGUGUUCAGUGUGCCAAAGAGACUUUAAACAAAAACAUUAUCUCGUAGAACAUAUGAAAGUUCACACCGGGGAGAAACCAUUUCAGUGUCCGGUUUGUCUUAAAAACUUUUCACAAAGAUCUUAUCUAAUAACACAUAAGAGGGUUCAUACGGGGGAGAAACCAUAUCAAUGUUUGGUGUGUCAUAAAAACUUUUCACUGAAAUCUUCUCUAGUAAAACACACAAGACUUCAUACAGGAGAGAAACCAUUUCAGUGCCCAGAGUGUCUGAAAACCUUUACACAGAAAUCUUGUUUGGAUGACCACAUGAGGGGUCAUACGGGAGAGAAGCCGUUUCACUGUACGGUUUGUUUUAAAGACUUUUCACGAAAAUCUAAUCUAACAGAACACAUGAGAGUUCACACGGGGGAGAAACCAUUUCAGUGUUCCGAGUGUCAUAAAUCGUUUCGAUAUAAAUCUCAUCUGGUAGAACAUAAGAGAGUCCAUACAGGAGAGAAACCAUUUCAAUGUUCAGUGUGUCUUAAAAACUUUUCACGAAAAUUUAUUCUAGUCAAACAUAUGGAAGGGCAUACAGGUUAGAAGCCAUUUUUAUAUAUAGAGCACUUUUUCAUACAAAUCUUAACCAUUAACACAUAAAGGCUCCUAUAGCUGAGAAACUGCCAGUGUACAGUUGGUAUAAAAACCUUUCAUGAAACAAAGUCUAGUAGAACUCAUGAGGGUUUAUACAGAGGGUAAUCAUGACAGUGUUUGGAGUGUCUUAAGGAUUAUUUUACAAUCUGGUUUUGUAAAACAUGAAAGUUCGUACUAAUCCUGUCAGUUUUCAGUGUCUUAAAAUCUGGGAAGCUAUGAUUUCUCUUUCUAAACAAAAGGUUGUAAUGAGUGCCAUGUAUGUGUGUGUAUUUUUUUCUGAAGUCUUAAAUCUCAUUCUACCUGUUAAAUAACCUUGUUUGUUUAGCAGACAAAUUCAGUGGCAUCAUAUCAGGUGAAGCAGCUGGUGGGCCAGUCACACAGUACAACUAAUGGCUUAUGAUAUACGGUACUGUACUGUAUUCAGUUCCGAAAAUUAUUUAGAUUGUGAAGCUUUCAGUGAUGUUUGGUGGUGGUUUUGACAGCAAAAGUAGAGAAAUACUACACCAGUCAUGGGCAGAACUAGUAUACUGUAUAAUUCCCUUUCUGUAUUGGUUUAAGGAACAUUAUUUAUCAUCUCAAAGAACAAGCUGUGGUAAAGCUGAAAAAAAAAAUAAAUGGAAUUGCCGUGACUGUCCAAAUAUUUCUAAAAAAUUUUUUUUAAUUAACGUAUGAUUACUGUACACAGAAAGAUAAAGGUCACCCACAAGAGAAAAGAAGAUAGGAGACAGUAGUUUAUGUUUUAAAAUAUUUUGUCAUUAGUUUUGAGCUGAUGUAGUAUAAUAAGGGAUUCAGAUAAGUGUUUUGUAUGUGUGAGUCUGUUGUUGGGUGAAAAAAUAUGUUUUCAUAUCUUUUGUAAAUGUGUACAAUGUAUUGAUGAGGUGAUGUGACUGUCUAGUAGCUGUGGGUAUGCAUGAAGUUUGUUACCUACAGGACAGAAGCUCUUAGAAAUACUGGAUAAAUUGAAAUAUCCAAACUGUGGACUGGAUUUAUCAGAUGAGGAAACACUGAAGGACUUUUAUCAAAUAUAAUAAUAAUACAUUUUACACGUUGACAGCUUAUGCAGAUGUAAUGGUGGAAAUUAUGAUCAGAUAAAUCAUGAAAACAAUAGAAAACUCACUAUUCUCUUGAGAGGUUGAUUUAAGAAUAAAAUAGGCUGUCCUUAAUGGAGCACCUAUGCCAUGGAUAUUUAUCACUUGGUUCCAUAAGAUCCAAAAUUAGAACUGGAUGGUUACAAACAGUACUAAUUAAUUUGACCAUUUUGAAGUGGCUAGGUACAGUUCACAUGUUAGAAUACCUGGUAAGUUGGUAUUUUGCCAUUACAACACAGCUCCACCCCACUCCCAAGUGUACAGUGCAUUUAUUGAUACCUUCUCAUCCAGCCCUGCAAGGUCUCUGUUCUCAUGGUGGCAUAUUGGCUUGAAAUGAACUUUGUUUAGCCUCGGUCAUUGAGUGAUGCGGUGGCUCUCGUGUUGUUAAUGCCAUCUAAGAGUUAUGAAGAAUUACUGUUUUACUAUCUUGUUGAAUUAGCAUUUAUUAUAUGUAAUAGUUUGUGUGAUAUAAACAUGAUUGGUGUAUAUUUGUAUAUCAAGGAGGUUUUAUGAGUUCUGACGUAUGACAAACUGUAUUUUUCAGAGACAUAGUAUUUGAGUAGACAACAAUAGAGUCAGGUUAAUUUUAGCUAAGGAAAAUAAACAUCAGAAUACUGUACGGGUUUUGUGAUGUUUUAUUUAGAAUAUAAUACAAAGAUAUGUGUAAUUUAUUUAGAUAAUGCAAGUGUCUAAUAAAUCACAGUACAGUAGCUAGUAAUAAGAUAUACAUUUUAUAUAGCGUGUAUUGAGAGGUCCUUUUUGAAUAAGGACUUUUUAACUUUCCAGGUUUUUCAUGGCAUUAAUAGUGAAUACUGUAUGUUAGAUAAUGAACACCAUUAUUGUUUACUACAUAUUGACUUGUAUCACCAUUCAUAAUAUGUGGGUCUGUAUUGUAAUGUGAGUAUUUGUAUCAAGAAAUAGAUUUUAUGAAGAAAG